GGUGGGGUCGCCGCCAUGAAGCGGGACCGGCUCGGUCGCUUCCUGUCGUCCGGGGCGGCCCGACAGCGCGGGGGCCCGGGCGGUGGCGCCUGUGGCGGCGGCCGGGCUCGGGGCCGCCCCGCCCGCAGCUGUGGGCUGAGCCCGGAUGGGACGGCGGCGGCGGCGCCGGAGGACGGCGCUGAGGAGGCAGGACCAGGCCGGGCGCUCGCCAUGGGGCACUGCCGCCUUUGCCACGGGAAGUUCUCCUCAAGGAGUCUCCGCAGCAUCUCCAGCAGGGGGUCUGGGGAAAGUGUGGGGAGAACGCCCCCUGGGGAGCGCAUUUUCAUCAGGGAUUUCCAGCGCCUUCUGGGGGUGCCCGUUCUCCAGGAUCCAGCCCUGUCAUCCUUCGUCUGCAAGAACUGCCAUGCCCAGUUCUACCAGUGCCACAGCCUCCUCGGUUCCUUCCUGCAGAGGGUCAACGUCUCCCCAACUGGCCGCCGGAAGCCUUGUCCAAAGGCCGGGACUCAGUCCCAGACUGCUGCAGAGGAGGGCACGUGUCCGGCGGACCUGGUCACAUGGAGCCCCCGGUGCCUGCAGGCCCUGGUUGGGUGGGUGCACGGGCACGCAGCUGGCUGCGGGGCCCUGCCCAGCCUGCAAAGGAUGCUUUCUUCUGAGUACUGCGGCGUCAUCCAAGCCGUGUGGGGCUGCGGCCAGGGCCACGACUACGUCAUGGACACAGACUCCGGCUGUGGGGCCCUUGUGCUGGACAGCACGCUGGCGGUCAAGUGGGAGUGGGACAAGGAGACAGCCCCGCACCUCACCCCCAGUCAGGGGCCCAACCCUGCUGGGGCUGGCCCCCAGCACUCCCAGGGCAGAGGGACCAUAACUGAGGCCGAGACAGAGGCACUGCCCAGCAUGGAUGCGGCUCAGCCUCCCUUGGAUGGCAGUCCUGUGGGGUCUGGGCAGAGCCCCCCGCCCCAGCCAAGUUCACCCCCCAGUGGGGUUCCAGGGCUGUUGAGUGAGAAGCAAGUUCUGUCUUCAACAUCGGAUGAUCGGGUAAAAGACGAGUUCAGUGACCUUUCUGAGGGAGACUUCCUGAGUGACGAUGAACGUGACAAGAAGCAGAAUGCCCCGUCAUCCGAUGAGUCCUUCGAGCCGUACCCGGAGAAGAAGGUUUCUGGUAGGAAGAGUGAAGGCAAAGAGGCCAAACGGUCUGAAGAACCAAAAACUCGAAAGAAACCAGGGCCCAAGCCAGGAUGGAAGAAGAAACUCCGGUGUGAGAGGGAGGAGCUGCCCACCAUCUAUAAGUGUCCUUACCAGGGCUGCACAGCCGUGUACAGGGGUGCUGAUGGCAUGAAGAAGCACAUUAAGGAGCAUCAUGAGGAGGUCCGUGAGAGGCCCUGCCCACACCCUGGCUGCAACAAGGUGUUCAUGAUUGACCGCUACCUGCAGCGCCACGUGAAGCUCAUCCACACAGAGGUACGGAACUACAUCUGUGAUGAAUGUGGGCAGACCUUCAAGCAGCGCAAGCACCUCCUCGUGCAUCAGAUGCGCCACUCAGGAGCCAAGCCCCUACAGUGUGAAGUCUGCGGGUUCCAGUGCAGGCAGCGAGCCUCCCUCAAGUACCACAUGACCAAGCACAAGGCUGAGACUGAGCUGGACUUUGCCUGUGACCAGUGCGGCCGGCGCUUUGAGAAGGCCCACAACCUGAACGUCCACAUGUCUAUGGUUCACCCGCUGACGCAGACCCAGGACAAGGCCAGACCCCUGGAGACGGAGCCCUCUGGGCUGCCAGGCCCUCUGGGGUCGGGGGAGAGCCAGGCUGUGAAACCUGAGCCCACCUGAGGCCAACAGGUGAGACAGCUCACCAGGGCUCCAUGGAUGUGUGGAUGGUCUCAGUCUUCAGACAAGCCUAGCACAGCUUCCAGGAGUUUGCAAGCCGUGCCACACAGCACAUACCAGGGGUGGCAGGUACCUGCCCCUCAGUGGGGUUGUGGGAGAUGGAGGGGCUCAGCGCACGGCCU